AGAGCUUCGAUUAGCUGAAAUUUCCGGGGAAAGCGUUGCUGAGCCGUCCGGCGUGGUUUUCGUGGUGCCUUCGUUUUUACUGCAGCAUGUCAUGGAAUUUUGACUCGAUGUCUUCAUCGCCCGGACUACAUUGGCCCUGUUUUAAUCUGCCAGUGUACCACUAAUGAAGGAACUUGAGAAAUAUGCUGAUGUCAAGCAUUUUAACAAAUGAAGGAAAAGAUGUUCUCAUUUUGAAUUCAGCUUUUUGUUUUUGUUUUCCUGAGGAUGAUAAAAACUGACUUGGUUUAAUGGGAUAGUUAAAUAUAUUAGUGACACCAAUCAUUUAUUGUUCCAGCUGUCAAGGUUUGACAAGUCUGUCAAUUUCCUUAUUCUUUAUAUAUUUAUUACAAAGUGGUUCCUUUAAAGAAAUUCUUCAGUUUUUUUAUUCAGCAUUAUGGGUUUUUUCCUCCCAACAAGGAAUUGGGUUUUACAGACAUUAACAUUCUUCCGCAUGCCAACACAGCAAAAAUUGCCAGCUGUGUGUAGGUGCUUCACUUUUACCACAUCAUGUAGACGGGCAGAGUCAAUAGAUCCUAAAGCAUUUUGUUCAGAAAGUAAAAUAAAAGAUGACAGUAUGAGGAAGAACAGAGCUGAUAAACAUAGAUUUUCUCCCCACCCUUUCAGUCCAUUUGCUGCUGGAUCAUCCAAGAUGAGGGCAAUAUAUCAGAAAAACAUUGCAGUUGCAAGGAAUUCUCUUAUUCCUUUGAAGACCAUCUCUCCUCCAGACAAACCUUUGAGUGUCAAGGAAUGGGACAAGUUAAAAGAAGAAUAUCAAGACUAUAAAAAAUUUGAAGAUGUUAUGUUUGACAGCAUGGUUAAUAAUAAUAGCCCACUAGAUGUGGCUAAAUCCUUGCUGGCUGCAGUGGCUAAGCGUGAUGGAGAUGUUGAAUAUAGUCAUUUGGUGAAGUACUUGACUCUUUGUGUUUUUCAUAAGCAAAUAGGAGAGAUUUAUGAUAUCUAUAAUAUUAUGAAAACCAAAUAUAAAUACUUAGAAGCAUCAGCUUAUUCUUUACUCAUCAAAGGCUUGAAUGGUUCCCCGCACUGGAAAGAGACCUUGAUACUACUGGAAAAGAUUAAAAAAGUCUCAUUUCCUUCAAGACAAAAUUAUGGAGACUGCAUUGAGGGUGCCCUGCUCAACCAAGAAAGAAACCUUGCAUUUGAAUUGUUUCAUGAGAUGGUAGCUGAAAAUCUGAUGCCAAACUUGACAACACUAAAGCUUUUCUUCGACUUUUGUCAGCCUGUGAAGGAUGACCAUUUGAAAAAUAAAUGUAUUGAUAUCCUGUACUACUUAAGAGAGAAUCAAAUUUAUCCUGAGGAAUCUCUCAUGCUCAGCAUAAAACAGUGGUUUGAAAGUAUUCCAGGGGAGAACUGGAAAGGAAAUUUAACAACCAUGAAUUACAGCAGGCAGUGUCCAUCUUGUUAUCAGCCUUUGGAAGAUAUUCAUCUGAGUCAAGAAGAAUUCAUCAUUCUCAAGGAAAAAAUAAAAACGGAUGUGAUAGAAGGCACGGAUGUAUUUCGAAAUACAUCUCCCCAGGAAUUAGAACGUUUUCAGAGAUUUGUGAAUAAACAUCCCCCUUUUGAUGUUGUGAUUGAUGGCCUCAAUGUUGCCAAAACAGCCCACCUGAGUCCUUCAUCUAAAACUCUGCUGGAUGUGGUCCUCUACCUAGCACAGAAACAUCAGCGAUUGCUUGUCCUGGGGCGUAAACACAUGCUGAAAGAUUCAUCUCAGUGGAGAAAAAGAGACAUGGAUGACAUGCAGAAGAAAGCAGACUUCUUCUUUACUAGUAAUGUAUCGAAAGAUGAUCCAUUUCUGCUCUAUGCCACCCUUCACUCAGGUGCUCAGUGUAUGAUGGUAACUAGAGAUCUAUUACGGGAUCACAAGGCUGCUCUUUCUGAUACUGUUACUCGUCGCUUAUUUUUUAAAUGGCAACGUGGACAUCAGAUAGUAAUAUCAAGCUACAUACCGGGAAAGAUUUUAACAUUUGAGGAUGCUUUGCCAUACGAUACAAUUGUACAGACUGAUGGUAACACAUGGCACAUUCCCUAUGAUGACAGCUUGUCCAAGAGAGCUUCUUUUGAAAUUCCAGUGAAGUGGCUCUGUCUUCAGAAGAAAUAAUGGAUGGGUUUUUUUGUUCAAAAUGAAGAUAUAUGCAUGGCACCUUUAUUUCAAAUACAUUUCAAAUAAACUAGUUAAAAUGU